AACAAGCUGCAUUUUAAAUUAAGCGCCCAGUGCUGCGACUAUCGAUAACAUUGCUAUCAAGCGCAUUAGCUGUCAGCCAUGAGCACAUAUCAGCUGGCACUUGCACAACAAAUUUUUGGCCGUAUUUAUUUAACUCCAUCUUGACAUCAAUAACUUAAAAUGCGUUUAACUAGUGUGUUGUUGAAGAAAGUCAGAAGCAAGCGUAUUAUGGUGGUGCUUGAGAGCGCAGUGAGUGGCCAUCAGUUCAAUGCGUUCCGGGAGCGACUGGCGGACAAAAUCGAAGUAAUACGUUUUGAUCCUUAUAUUCAGAGAGAAAGUCUAUAUCGCGAGCGCAAGAAGAUUCGCAGCGCGGCUUGAAUCAAACGUUACGUUGAUCAGACUUAUCAUAAUUUGUUAACAAUAGAUUCCUUGCAUUGGUUUUUUUUAUAAAUAAUACAUAGCUAAGUCACAUACAAGUGUCUCUAUAUAUACAAAAAGUGCUAGAGCUUAAAGUAAAUAACACAACUUUUGAGCA